ACUGGUCAUACAAGCGACCUCGUUUAAUUUCCUAAUAUCGGGAGUUGAUCAGCUUUGAAUCUUUGAUUUCUCCGUCGAUGGCAUGGCACAUAGGAUGCGUGUCCUGUCUCUGGGGCUCGUGAGGAGACUGUAGCAGUAGUCUGGUCAUGGCGUUUCCUCAGGGAUACUUGUACCAGUCCUCGCUCUCUCUCUACUCGUGUCCUCCGUACGGCUCCAGCGCGAUCACCGGACCGCGGACGGAUGAUCUGGGACGGUCCUCCAGCGGAUCUGCUUUCGCCCCGUACGCGUCCACAGCCUUCAGCUCACUCCAGUACAGUCCCGAAUCCACAGCCCCCUUCGCUUCCUAUGGGGGCUCCCCAUAUGACCCUUCUCCAGGCAUGACUGGCUCUAUAGGCUAUCACCCGUACGCCGGUCCCCUGGGCCCGUACCCAUUUGGAGACCCCGCUUACCGGAAGAACACCACACGAGAUGCCACCGCCACCCUGAAGGCCUGGCUCAGCGAACACCGGAAAAACCCUUACCCCACGAAAGGAGAAAAGAUCAUGCUGGCCAUCAUCACCAAGAUGACCCUCACGCAGGUGUCCACCUGGUUCGCCAACGCCCGCAGAAGACUGAAAAAAGAGAAUAAAAUGACUUGGACAUCACGGAACAGGAGUGAGGAUGAAGAUGAGGAGGAUAGUAUUGAUUUAGAGAAAAAUGAUGAGGACGAUGAGCCGCUCAAAACAGCCGAAACAACGCACACGACCAAAGAUUCAGAAAACCGCACGGAAGAUCAAGACGACGACGCGACGGAUAGUGUUAUCAUCGACUGUGGAGAAGAAGAGAACCGGACAGUGUCUGUGUCUCCGGUGCCCACGACCUCCUCUCCCCAAAACGAGCUGAGCGAAGCCAAGAGGCCCCUCAGUGAAAACUGCAAACCCACAUCUGUUCUUCACUCCGCAAACCCGACCCCCAAACCCAAACUGUGGUCUCUGGCCGAAAUUGCUACGUCGGAUAAGGGGAGUGACGAAGCGUCACAGACAUCAGGGGCGUUAUCGCCCGCCGGGUCACCAGCGCAGUGCCCCUUUCCCCCCAGACCCUUAUACUACACAUCUCCUUUCUAUGCGGGCUUCACGAACUAUGGCGCUUUCGGACACCUGAACGGCGCCGGUUCAAACUCCGCGCAUCUGAACGGAAUUAAUCAGGCUGUGUUGCACAGAGCGAGAGACAGCAGGCUGACUCUGGAGAUGUGCAAAGAACUCGCAUUCGAGCACAAGAGGGCGAAUAUUUAG